GGCUCUUACUACUACCACUAGUCUUAGUCUUAUUCUGAAUAUUCAUGGCGAGAAUGUACUCGUACUGUAAUCAUGGUAAUAGUUUGAGAAGUAAGUUUACUUUGGGCUGAAGCAAUUAUUAUUUUGACUUUUGAGGACGUGGACCAGACGCUGCUAGUCUGCAGCUGAGAGUAACGUCACGUGCGAUUGUACUGCCUUGGUUUGACUUCUGGACGACGCUGACCUGCCAGUGUAAAAUGCAGGGAUCAAGGUGCACGAGAGGUGUUGCAACAAAAUCGACCACACCUAGCAGCAGGUCCAAGUCUCCAUCACAUGCUCGGCUAGUAAAGAGCACAUCACAAAAUGCUAGUAGCGGCAGACAAGGCAAGGCGGCACUGACAGCAGCGCGCUAUUCCACUGCCCAAAGUGAGGAACAGAUACACGACACACAUCGAGACCUGGACAGGUGCGCCACUUUGCUGGAUUCUCUGAUGCAGGCGUCCACAGACACAGACCAACCUCGCUCGCAGCUAGCACGUGGCAGAGCAGCCGCAGCAUCUAACGGUUGCAGACCGCGUUCGGGAACCAGUGAUCAAAAUGCACAGGCAAUGCGUCAACCCGUUGCUGGCGCGGCAGUGUCUGUUGCUGGUGCACACUACCGCUCUCGCUCCUGGACAAGACCUGCACGGAAACUGGUGCCAUCACCUGCACUGGCAAAGGAGAAACGACCUACUACUGGCAAAGCUCACAAGGUAUCUGCUGUUCCCGUCAGGGGAAUGUCCACCACCUCGGCCAGGCGAACAUCCCAUCUGCAGUCUGGCAAAGCUUCUCGCUCGACGUCAGCCCGCGGCGCCGGUGGCAGAAGCAGCAGUCAGGUCCGCCGUCCACCAUCUGAGCUAGAGUGGACAUUUGACAGUGGCAGUGAUGGUGGAAUUAUCUGCAUGCCAAGUAGGCAUGUGCGUCGGAAAUCCGACCCAAGUGUGUCAGUGGAGACUGCUGUUCCCAAAUCAUCAUUGGAUGGAGCAGGAGAGGCGAUAAGCAACGGUCGGCAGGAAGACGUGGAGGUGCAGUUCGAUAGCAUGGAAACGACAGAUCUACUGCAAGCACUGUUAACGAGAACUAUUGAUACAGGUGACUCUGUCCUGCAGCAGAUGGUACUAGCACUGUGCUCAACGGCACUGAAGCCAUGGAUUACGUCACAGCAACCGCCAGCAGUAGCACUGAAAGCUAGAUCUGAAUCAAGUGCAGCUGAUUCCAGACCCAACCUAGGAGACCCGGUAUCCGACAGUGAAGCAAGCAACGCUCUGAAAUCUGAGAACGCGAUGCUGAAACGGAAGUUGCAGGAAGCUCUACAGAAGGCACAGGUAGCAAAGAACCGAUUAAAGGACGUGGAAAAGCUAUAUUUGGAAGCUCAAACUCUCCAGGAUAGCUUUAAUGCGGAACAGGAGUUAACAGUCACCCUGAGAGAGCAGCUUGUGAAGAAGACGUCGGAACUCGAUCAGCUUUUUCAAGCAAAGGAGGCUGAGAAAGAUCGCAUGCAGAAGAAAAUAUCAUCCGUCGAAAGUCAGCUUCAGCAACAGAUAACGGCUGCAAGAAGCAGCCGUGUGCAUUCGCUCCAGUAUACCAAGCCAUUUGAAUCCACAACAACAGUACAGCCACUGCACCCAGCGGCUGUUGUAGCGACAAGCUCAGCUCCUGGUCUGAUGCCUUCCAGUUAUAUGUCAGUAACGAAUGUACGGUCAUGCAUGUCCACUGCAUCAUCUAAAGAUGAGCCUACAAGUGCGGCAAGCACUACUAUACAAGCAACGGCUGAGGAAUCAUCCUUCAUGCGCCUGCCUUCGCUAUCAUCUCUCCUGGUGGAUCGACACGCUGUAUCUGAAUCGGCUCCGUCGGACUCGGGAGCUGACGAGCUCACUGUAGCCAAUGUCCGUGCAUUUGAUAAGGUUCAUCCUGCUGUGAAGCUUAGCGAGCAGGCAUCAAGGAUACCUACAUCUCCUUAUCUUCCUGACAGCGUUGCUGAUCGCACUCUGACGUCCAUACCGGACAGCGAAUCUACUCUGAAUAUUGCAGGUGAGCGUGUCCAGCAUCCUGCAGCCGCAGGGAGAACGUCGUUCACAUCAUGCUCUGGCAUUGCUCCCAUACCAGAUAUCAUCUCAGCUGCUGUGGCUGAACUGGACCUGAACUCCAGUGUGUCCUCUCUUGACACAAUGGUACCAAACACGAAACAAUCAUUCUCACUGCAGCGGCCCAUUGCUUCCACGUCAACUACUGCUUUUAUAGAACCUGUCGCGUUGUCCAUGGGAGGAGAUGGUGGCGUGCCGUCUUCUAGCAGUGGUGGCAGCGGAAAUGUGCUAACAAGAAAUUUUGUUUUGGCUGAUCUGGCCAGUGUCAGUGAUAUUACGGGCUCGUACGCUGAUGAAGAAUUUCAAGCAGGCAUGGCGGCACUGGAUGCUGGCAUUCAGAGACUGCGGCAACAGUUGAACACCGGCAGUGCAGCGUCAUGACGUUGCAGUUCAAUACCAGCAGUGCAGCGUCAUGACAUUGCAGUCGAACACUGGCAGUGCAGCGUCAUGACAUUGCAGCCUGCUGCCUGCGUCUUCCUGUACGCUGUGUUGUUGUUGUUGUUGUUGUUGUUGUUGUUGUUGUUGUUGUUGUUGUUGUUGUUGUUGUUGUGGAGAAAUGACUGUUGCACAGGACUGACUGUUUACUACUUCAACUGGCAAUAUAGUCGGACCUUCAUACAUGUGUUGUUGACCUCACCGCACACGCAUACAUAGCACCGUGCACUAUGAUAGAGUCACGUAUCAACACAAGCACGCCUCAUAUACCUGAUGUAAUAGAGUAUUAGACACAUUCUUCAGCCUGUGAGAUACAAACACGAUUUAGAAUCUUUUUUCUUGAUUUUUAGCUGUUUGUACUUCAAAGUACUUUUAAAAGUUAGGUCCUAGCACAGCUUGAAUGUUAUUUUGUAUGACAGGUUUCUGUGUGUGGAAUUACUGGUCUGUUUUAUUCACAGUUUCUGUGCAAAUCUAUUUCUUUUCAUAGGCCAGGUUGCCCCUAACUUCGAGGUCCGGAUAAAAGUUA